AGUGACGAGUGUUUUUAAAUAGUUUACGUGCUGUGGGCGCAAGGAUUAUUACUGAGUUAAGUAAGUCAGUAUUUCAGUCAUUGAUUGAUUUUGCCCCGACUGUCCUUUAUUUCCUAAGACAAUGUUUUUUCAACAUAUCUGUGCGUUUGCAGCGUAAACGGACGACAGGUCAAAGUUAUUGGUAUUUUUAUCUGAAAAUCUAUAGGAAUAACAACUGCGACUCGGCGGAAACAAAUAAGGCGGAUCGGCUCAUUUAUUAAGUCUUCACAGGCGGCCACAGUGAUAGGAUUUCAAAAUGGCAGCAAACAGUAGUUCGCUCGGAGUGGGUGCUGGCGAUUUCACCGAAGCCGUUGAGUUCCGAAUAACCAAGAUAGCUUUGUAUGUUGUGGUCUUCGUACUAAGCUGUGUUGGGAACAGUUUAGUCGUUAUUGUUAUCAUCGGAGUGAAAGGGAUGCGAACACCUCCGAAUUUAUUCAUCCUUAACCUGGCUCUGUGCGACCUUAUAACACCAGUUGUCGGCAUUCCGUUGGAUUUGGCCAUAGAAGAACUGGACCACAAGUGGCCUUUUGGGAAAGCGAUGUGCAAAAUUUUAUCGCCGUUUGUGACGAUGUUUUCAACAUCUUCUUCUUUAACUCUAGCGGCUAUUAGCUUAGACAGAUACAGAGCGCUUGCAAGACCUCUGGUGGAGCGUGUAUCUUCAGCUACAGUCGUAAUGUUCGCCUUGGCAAUUCACAUUUUUUCCCUCAGCUUGUGCGUUCCCUAUUUUAUCGUUUUGGGAUACGACGACUCUGAAAAGUCUUGCAAGGAACACUGGUCUAGUGUGGGCCACAGCCAAGCUUACACUAUUGCACUCUUUCUUUUUCAAUUCGCCUUGCCUUUGAUAACCAUGUCGAUGGCGUAUCUACUUAUCUAUCGCAGCUUGCGUUCAAACACCCUCAGGCUUUUUUCUAGGAUGUCGAUGAGAAAACAGAGGAGUCGCACGCGCACGCUAAGCAAAAUGUCGACUUUAAGCAAGGAGAGCGCCGAACUCAAACUGAGAAGAGAACAGAAUAUCCACUUGGCAAGGAUGUUCGUCAUCGUUGUUAUGAUUUUUGCCAUCGGCAAGUCUCCGAAUCAGUUCUUCUGGCUUUGGAUAGACUUUGGAAAUGCUGCAGCCAACAAAUUUUAUGAUUACAUAUCUGUGGUAUGUCGCCUUUUUACAUACGCUAACAGUGUUUUAAAUCCGUUUAUUUACGCCUUGAAAAGCAAAGAAUUCAGGUCCGGAUUUGCGAGGAUUGGACGGCAUAGUAUGCGGCCCUUGAGAAAAAUAAGCGCUGAAACAAGAAAAUUCGUUCGUAAGAUUAGUGGAGUUCAGCCGUCAGCUGGUCGACAGCCCACUUCCGAACCCGUGGAAGCCGCAGCUGCAGUAGAUCUGCUUUCACCUAGUCAUAACGGAACUGCCGGGCGAACAUUAACAAGACACGGUAUUGAUAUUAGCAACAAUUUCAAUGAAGUCAGUGUACAUGUUGACAACUUUGAAAACCUGAAUAUUAUGAACUUGGAGUUAUCAUUCCUCGAGACACUUUUAAAUCCUGGGUCAUAUAAGUUAUUUCAUGAACUUCGCGAGAGCGACUGUUAAUGGAAAAGAAUGAAAUAAUCAAGGAUCUUUGGAAAAAUCAGAUCUGUUUUUUCUGAUUUUUAUUGCAUGUACAUGUCAUGUUCUGCAAAUUCCUGUCCGCUUUAUUGCACAUUAUUUCCUUACUUGAAGGGUACAUUUUUCAUCUCAAAAAUGACUGAAUAUACCGUGAUAGACGUCAUUUGACCAGAGAAAACUGUUUUUCGUUAGGAUUUGAGAUGUAAAAUAACCACGCAUCAUUAUAAAGAAAUUAGAUUAUCACAGACUUUACACAGGUUAAGGACGAGGAAGGUGUGGCUGAUGUGAGCUGAUAAG